UAUCCAGUUUUUUGAAUUACGAAGUAUACAAUAGAAGGCCUCUAACAACAAAGUUCAUUAAACGUCAGAACGCAGAGUUGAGAAGACAACAGCAGCAGCAAGCGGGCAUAUUGUUUAAUGGCUGUUUUUCUACGCCAGAGUGUUCGUUUGGGAAACCAAGUCAAAAGUAGCCUACGGUUGUGUUAUGCCUCCCAGCAUACAGCAGCAGAGCUUUCGCAGCAUGUGACAGCAGGAUGUCCAGAGCCCCAGGGUCCAAUCCUGAGGACCACCCUCCCUGGCCCCGAGUCCCAGAGGCUGAUGAAAGAACUGGACCAAAUACAGAAUGCAGGAUCUGUACAGUUUUUUGUUGACUAUGCAAAAAGUCAGGGAAACUACAUUACGGACGUGGAUGGAAAUGUGAUGCUGGAUAUAUUUACCCAGAUUGCCUCCAUCCCUAUUGGCUACAAUCAUCCAAAUUUACUGAAAGUCAUGAGUGACCCAGAAAAUCUGAGCACUUUUAUCAACAGACCAGCAUUGGCGGUGUUUCCACCCAAGGACUGGGUAUUGCGCCUUAAAAACGCUCUGUUGGCCGUGGCACCUCCAGGUAUGCAUCAGGUGCAGACAAUGGCUUGUGGAGCUUGCUCUAUUGAACAUGGACAAAAAGCCAUGUUCAUUACAUACCAAAGAAAGAAGAGAGGAGGCCUCCCUCCCUCCGAGGAGGAACUGACUUCCUGUCUCUACAACAAGGAGCCGGGAUGUCCUGAUCUGACCGUCCUGUCCUUCUCGGGGGCCUUCCAUGGGAGAACAAUGGGUGCUCUUGGAAUCACCCAUUCAAAAUGGAUUCAUAAGUUGGACUUUCCAACUCCUGACUGGCCAAUGGCAACAUUUCCCAAACUGAAGUACCCACUACAUGAAAAUGAGAGAGAAAACAUGGAGAUUGAGAAUCGUUCCUUGGAAGAGGUACGAGACAGGAUCUUUGAGUACAACAAGAGGGGGCGUCCAGUUGUCGGCUGUUGUAUUGAACCCAUUCAAGCUGAAGGGGGAGAUAACUUUGCUAGUCCUCGAUUUUUUCAGGAGCUCCAAAAGAUAUGCAAAGAGAAUGAGGUGGUACUGCUGAUUGAUGAGGUCCAGACGGGGUGUGGGUCCACUGGGAAGUUCUGGGCCCACGAACAUUUCAACCUUCCCGAGUCUCCGGACAUUGUAGCAUUCAGCAAGAAGAUGUUGACCGGGGGCUUCUACUACAAAGAUGAACUCAGACCUAAGGAGGCUUUCCGUAUUUUCAACACCUGGGUUGGUGAUUCCUCUAAGGUGUUGCUGUUGGAGGCAGUGAUUAACACAAUCAAGGAGUACAAACUUCUCGAAUCUGUCCAGGACACCGGGAACUACCUACAGAAUGGACUCCAUGAAAUGGCGAAAAAAUUCCCGAACUCUGUGAGUAAUGUUCGUGGACUUGGAACUUUCUGCUCCGUGGACUUUCCCGAUGGAGCGUUCCGUGACACCGUUAUCACCAAGCUCAGGAACAGAGGGGUGCAUGCUGGUGCCUGCGGGGACAGGUCUAUGAGGUUCAGACCCACCCUCAUUUUUGAGAGGCGUCAUGUGGACAUCCUGAUGGAUACUUUUGAGAAAACCCUCAAGGAAGCCGGUCAGUGAGGGGGGAAGUCAUUGCGAGGCAGCAUAAGCAUUAGAUAGUGCUAUGAACAAUUCAUUACAGGAUAGUGAAUGUAGUAUUUUUUAAAUCAUCAAUGCAGAGAAUUUUUUCAUUAAUAUUGUAUGUUUUGUAUAGAUUUACAUGGAUUUGGUCUCGUGUUCUUUUAAUAUAACAAUUUGUAGAGAUUGUAGAACAUAUGUAUUGAUUGAUUUUUUAACAUUUUGAUUGUACACAUUUUGUGUUGAUGCACAUGUUUCUACUAUGGUAUAUAUUUUUUGAGGAGAUACAUAAUAUGUGUGACAAAUGGGUUUCAUUGUAUAUGAACCCUCUUAGUUCUGGUAUAUAUGUAUUCCUAACAUUAAAUUUCAUGUCAAAAGUUUCCCCAUUACGUGCCAUCAGAACUAUAUUAAGAGUGAUUAUUUGACAACUAUUAGUAUCUGUUUUAUAGAUACAGUUGUAAUCUAUGUGUACAGUUUUGAAUAAACUCUAAAUCUUAAAACAGAA